UACUAAUUUUAACAAAUUGAAAAUAUCUGGGUACCGGAGCCAACUACCGCAUGUAGGUCACUUAAUUUGUAUCUCUGAGCCUUGGUUUUGCAUAUAUAACUUAGUCUCUAAAAUAAACACACCUCAUUCACUCUCAUUACAGAACAACAAACUGAUUUUGAGUUUCCGAAUGGAUUCUUGUCCUCUAAGAGACGACGGAAGGCCGAUGUUCAAAUCAAAAAUACCCCGUUUUUUCAAGAUUAUUCUUGACGACGCCCUUCGUGAUGGCAAGCUUUAUAUUCCAAGAAAAUUUGUCAGACUCUACGGAAACAAUCUGCCAAGUUCAGUAGUCCUCAAGGUUCCAAGUGGUGCAAAAUGGAAACUAGAUUUAGUGAAAUCUGACGGUGAGAUUUGGUUCCAGAAGGGUUGGCAAGAGUUUGUCAACUUUUACUCUAUAGCUUAUCGGUCAUUUCUAGUCGACCACUUUCAGUGUUUUAUUUUUUCUUUUAUUUAUUUAAUGAAGGUUCAAUAGAAAAUCGUUUAUUAAUUUA